GAUGAUAAACCUAAGGAGAAGCAGCCGCGUGUGAGAAUGAGUCAGGGAUUCAUCAACCAACAUACAGUGGAACGCAAGGGGAAACAAAUUUGUAAAUAUUUUCUUGAAAGGAAAUGUAUUAAGGGAGACCAGUGUAAAUUUGAUCAUGAUGCCGAGAUAGAGAAGAAAAAGGAAAUGUGUAAAUUUUAUGUACAAGGAUAUUGUACCAGAGGUGAAAACUGCCUAUAUUUGCAUAAUGAAUAUCCUUGCAAGUUUUACCAUACAGGAACAAAGUGUUAUCAGGGUGAAUAUUGCAAGUUUUCACAUUCUCCACUGACUCCUGAAACACAAGAAUUGUUGGCCAAAGUUUUGGAUACUGAAAAGAAGUCAUCAUGAAAAAUAAAAGGCAUAAAAAAG